AUGUCCUACCUUAGACUCAUUUCGCCAGCCGACAAGCACGGAGAAGGGAGGAAAGCGACACUCAUGACGCUAUCAACUUCCUCGUCAUCCCUCUUCGACAUGAGAGCUAUCGACACAGGCUGGCACGCUCCCGCAAACACACAGCUCAACAAUCUUACCUCAGCGCUCGGUUCCAACGAGGUCUAUGGGUUCAUUUUUAACUCAUCGAAUACCCCCGACCGUGAAUAUGGAGAAUACAACUGGUGCAAUAUGCCCCAUGUUCGACCAGCCGAAUACCUUGUAGCUGACGGAGCAUUUGAAUUACAAUAUGUUGAAUUGAUUCACAGGCACCACAAGCGGACGCCGUACGCCUCGAACGCUUUUCCUGUGGAGCCGUAUCAGUGGAAUUGCGAUGAUGUACGCUUGUUUCUCUACGGUGAGCCUUUCAAAGGAAAGAAGUCCUCCCCAGUGUUUCGGCAAGGACACAUUUCUCCGACAAACCCAUUUCUGCCACCUGGCUGGGUUGGAAGCUGCAACUUUCCUCAAAUUACGUCGGGCGGUCUAAGCGACUCGUGGCAGCAUGGUGCUGAUCUGUACGCCGUGUACCAUGAUCUUUUGGGAUUUCUGCCGUCAAGGAAUUCCGAUUACAGAUCGUCUGUGCGAUAUCGUGUCACCAAUAAUGCUAUAACGAGCCAGGUUGCUGGCAUGAUAGUUAGCGGCAUGUGGGCGACAAACGAUCCGUAUCCACUGAUUAUUGAAGAAUCGACAGCCUGGAGCCACAAUACGCUUGUAACUCGGCUGACACACUCUUCAAUGCUAUCAAAUCCAACCGAAAUCCUGAUUGGCAAAAGCAUCUAG